GAGAGAGACCCAUAGGGAGGGUGAGAGCGGUGUGACACGGGUCGAGCACACAGAGCAGAGACCAAACCUGUUGGUGAGUUAGUUGUCGCUGUACUUUGCGAUGGCAAUUUGAAAAUGUUUGUUUUGGGGUGGAAUAAGUUUUAAACUGAAUGAAUUGGAUUUCGAUCUCUACAAUUUGCCAACGCGGGAACCAAGACGCAAACAGACUUUGUUCGAAGGUGAAACACGUUCUAGGACCGAUGCUGAAAUAAUCUUCCAUAAAAAAAUAAUCUUCUCUUUUUGGGGUCGUUUUUACCAAACCCCAGUCCGGACGUCAUGCAGCAGGAGCGGCUGCUCAAGGUGCUGGUGAUCGGGGACCUGGGGGUUGGGAAGACCUCGGUCAUUAAGCGCUACGUCCACCAGGUCUUCUCCCAGCACUACCAGGCCACCAUCGGGGUGGACUUCGCCCUGAAGGUCCUCAAAUGGGACCACAAUACGGUGAUCCGGCUGCAGCUCUGGGACAUAGCCGGCCAGGAGCGCUACGGCAACAUGACGCGGGUGUACUACCGGGAAGCGGUGGGGGCCCUGGUGGUGUUCGACAUGACGCGCCUCUCCACCUUCCAGGCAGUCUUGCGCUGGAAGGGAGACCUGGACUCCAAGGUCGCCCUGGGCAACGGUCGGCCGGUUCCAGCUGUCCUAUUGGCCAACAAGUGUGACCAGCGGGGGCAGGGCCUGUGCUCCAAGCUGCCUAAACUGGAGAACUUUUCUAAAGACCACGGCUUCGUCGGCUGGUACGAGACCUCCGCUAAGGACAACACCAACAUUGACGCGGCCAUGACCCGUCUGGUGGAGAGCAUCAUGGCGGUGGAGGAGGAGCUGGCGGUCGCUGCCGGCAACGGCAAAGUGAGCGACCAGACGGACUCCGGCGUGCUGGUGCUGCCCCGCCUCCAUCACCACGACGCCCCGGAGAGGGAACUCCCAGGAUGCACUGGGUGCCCCACCCUACGGCCCAAGAAUCACCACGCCUACGACUGAGAGCAGGAGGGUGGGUGGGAGAAGGGAGGUUGGGGGAGAGAGAGAGAGAGAGAGAGAGAGAGAGAGAGAGAGAGAGAGAGAGAGAGAGAGAGAGAGAGAGAGAGAGAGAGAGAGAGAGAGAGAGAGAGAGAGAGAGAGAGAGAGAGAGAGAGAGAGAGAGAGAGAGAGAGAGGUGGAAGAAAGUGAGAGGGAUGAAGGAGAAUGAAAAGGAGUUAUGGGACAUCUUGCUCUAGGACAGGGUCCCUUAACCUUUUUUACUGAUGCCCGGUAUUUAUUCCUAAAUCUAUGCGGCCCGGUGACCAAUGCUCCACUGCCCGGUACAGGUCCGCGGACCGGUGUUUGGGAAUUCUGCUCUAGGAUCUGUGCAGGUUGACUGCAGGUAUUGCUGGAUCAAAGCCAGAUCCAUUGCCAUCCCCCAUGAUGUACAUAACGUUGGAAGCUUCCAGAACUUGUCUGUAUGAAGACAUUGUGAGCCACUGGAGAGAGGUUAUGAACCGCUGCCCUUGCGUUGUUCUCUUUGUAUAUACAAACGACUACAUUUAAAUAAAUCACACAUGAUGUUUCAA